CUAGUCGUCCAUGACUACUUCAAGAGUGCCAAUGCUAGCAUCCUUAGCUGGACGAAGAUUGCAGACGAAAUCAUCCGAUGGCUGAGAGGUCGUCCGUACCUCCUCGCCAUCCUGCGGGAUGUCCAACUCAACCUACCGACUCAUCACCAUGGUAACUCCCCUCUAUCAGUAAUCCGGGGUGUUCUCACUCGCUGGACUUCAAUCUAUUUUGCCUAUCGGCGACUUCUCCAACUACGCACCGCUCUUAUGGUUUUUGUUGAGGAUCGACGCCUCUUCGAGUCAGGCACUACAGAGAGUCAUGCCAGAACAAGAGAGAUGGUUGACGAGUUGAAGAAGCCUCUGCUGUGGCACCAUCUCAGCCGGCAAGUGAUUGUCAAAAGGCACCUUGAACCGCUCGCUAUAGCUGCAAAUAUCACCCAGGCUAACGACUGCCGACUUGACCAAGUCCUUCUCACCUUUGGAUUUGUCUACAACUUCUUCACAUUGUUGACAGACCUCGAGGACCACCCCUUCCGCAUCGCUGUCUGCCAAAGCCUAGAGAGGCGCUGGGCCAAGGCCGAUCAGGACGUAUUUAUUGCUGCAGUGGUAUUGAACCCGUGGCUUAAGAUGCGUCCCUUCCAACCCAACAUGCAGCUCUUCACCGAAGCGGCAUUCCAUGUCAUUCUGAGUCGUCUUUGGAGGCGCUUCUACCCAGACGAGCCUGUACCAGGGUCACUCUUUACAGAGAUACAAGAAUACUUCGACAACACUGGCAACUUCGAGUCUUUGCAUAUGACAAUGGAUGCUAUCAGUAGCCAGGCUCGCGAUCGUGUAUGCUUUCAUAUGUUCCAUUCAUAG